GAAAAGAGGGGACAAAGUGCAGACUGGCUUCCAGGUCACCUGAGUUCUUCUCUGCCAGUGUAUAAAUAUUAUCGAAGGCCCGGCACAAACCAGAAAAGGUUUCAGGAAGCCAGAGAAGGAAAAAAAGACUGAAGGACGGAACUCUGACUUGCCUGAGGGGGAAGUAAAAUCAGCCCUCUAGGAGAUGGAUCACAAAUCUGAGGAGGAGGUUUUCAACUACAUCAAACGUGCAAAACCAGUGGAGGUUGAGGGAGUACCUUUGCACAGUGACACAGUAGAGAACUGGGAUCUCCUGUGGGCUUUUGCAGCCCGGCCAGAUGAUCUUCUGAUCAGCACUUAUCCCAAAGCAGGGACCACCUGGAUCCAGGAAAUUGUGGACAUGCUCCAGCAGGGAGGGGACCCACAGAAAUGUGCGCGAGCCCCAACGCACAAGCGUAUGCCCUACAUAGAUUUGUUUCUUCCCAAACCCAUGACUUCAGGCCUGGAAGACGCAGAGGGGAUGCCUUCUCCACGCACACUCAAAACUCACCUCCCCGUUCAGCUCUUGCCGCCUUCCUUCUGGGAACAGAACUGUCAUCUAUUUUUUUUGAAUGCCAAGGACAAUGCAGUGUCCUAUUUCCACUUCCACCGCAUGAGCCAGAUAAUGCCAGACCCAGGAAACUGGGACCAGUAUCUAGAAGAUUUCCUUGCUGGGAAGGUUUUGUUUGGGUCUUGGUCUGACCAUGUCCGUGGUUGGUGGGAAGCCAAGGACCGGCAUCGAAUUCUGUACCUCUUUUAUGAAGAUAUAAAGGAGGACCCAGCCCGGGAAAUCCGGAAAGUAGCCCAGUUCCUUGGUAUAGAGCUCACAGAACCAGUUCUGAAGCGCAUCGUACAGCACACCACGUUUGAGAGCAUGAAAGCCAACCCAAUGGCUAAUUACAGCACUAUGCCUUCUACCUUUAUGGACCAAGCUGUGUCGUCUUUCAUGAGAAAAG